GUGUGUAGUAUAGAGUGUAUACCCAUACACACAAAGCUCAAAACCCCGUAACCGCUAAUUAACGUCCCUCUAUAACACAUCUUUUUUUGGCGGCACCAAAACUGCUGCAUCCCACUCUCUCCUAUCCACUCUCCAUUCAACCUCUCCAAAUCGAAUAUCUCUCUAGAUUUCCUAGUAUUUAGCGGUUAUAUUCUACGACAAGUUAAGUGAACUUCGAUAGAUUUUGUUCAUUGCAUAACAUUGGAACAAAAUGGGGAGCUCUAGCACCUUUUUUUCUUUCUCUAGCCUUAUGUGUGAAGAAGGGGAAGCUAGCUUCUUUGAAGAUGAAGAUGAAAACACUGGCAUUGACUCUCUUGAUAACCCGUGUUUCGUUUUGGAGGAUGAAGAGGAAUACAUUGAGUAUUUGUUUAGACAAGAAACGGGAUUCGGAUCCCACAAUCACUUUUUCUGCUCUGAUGAUCACUCUAGUGGAUACUGGUUGAAGAGUGCCCGUGUUGAUGCCAUUAACUGGAUUUUCAAUACACAAGCAAAAUUCGGGUUUAAAGUUGAGACAGCUUAUUUAUCAGUGACUUACUUUGAUCGGUUUCUUUCAAAGCGAUCCAUUGAUGAAUCGAAACCUUGGGCUAUUCAAUUGUUGUCAGUGGCAUGUUUAUCCUUGGCAGCGAAGAUGGAAGAACAAAAUGUGCCACCUCUAUCAGAAUAUCCAAUUGAAGAAUAUCGCUUUGAGAACAAAGUCAUCAGGAACAUGGAGCUGCUGAUUUUGGGUACCUUGGAAUGGAAAAUGGGAUCGGCAACUCCUUUUUCUUAUUUGCAUUACUUUGUCAGCAAGUUCUGCCCUGGAUCCAGACCACAAACAAUAAUCACCAAAGCCACUGAACAUAUUGUGGCCAUGGUAAAAGAUGUUAAUUUGAUGGAUCAACGGCCAUCUAUAAUUGCCUCAGCUGCCAUAUUGGCAGCUUUUGAUGCUACAUUAACAAGAAAGACAAUGGAUCUUCGAAUAAGCGUAAUCUCAUCGUGGGGAAAUCUAGAAAGUGGGCAUGUGUUUUUCUGUUACAAUCUAAUACAAGAAAAGAAGAGAAACAUAGUUAAGACCCCUUCCUCAAAUUUAUUGUCUACCCAGUCGAGCUCCACGUGUGUUCUUGAGAACCCAUCUGACACUUCUUCAGGAGCUAAGAGAAAACUUAGUUUUGAGGACAGUGAACAUUAUCCGGGACAGAAGAUACAUCGGUCGUAGUUUGCACCUCGCAGAGUUUGUGAUCGAUCUAUUAUACAGGAAAAAAUUUGAUUGGUGUUUAGUGAUUGGAUUAUAGGAUAUUUUUCUACUGAAAAAUUUAUUCUAGUUAGUUAUAGGUCUAAUGAGUGCCAUCCACCAUUUUGUGGAAUGAUUUGGUAUUGAUGAUUGGGGUUUUAUUUCCCGGUACCCAACAAAAAGUUUCAACGAGCGACAACAAAGAAGAUAGAUAAAAAAGGAGGAGUAAAUAAAUAAAUAAAAAAGUGGUUAGCUUUACCCUACAGUAAGUUUGAAGCUGACUGAAUGAAAAUCCAUGAGUCAUUAAGGACUAAGGAGGAGAUGAAAUGAAAUAUGAGUGAAAGCCAGAAAGCUAUAUUGAAGACUAUUUGUCCAUAAUAGUGAUUUUGGGCAGUGUUAGCUUUCUUGAGCAGUUCCUACUACAUUUUUACUUUUUUCAACUGCAUUUAUUUUUCUCUCUUUCCCUUUAUUUUUUGUCGUGAUGGGAAUUAUAUUUUUAUAUGUAUGUAUACGAUAAUAGCUAUAGCAACCCUACUCUUUUGAUGGGGAGCUUGGGAUGCUUUCUAUGUCUUGAGAAAGGCUGAAAGCCAUGGAGA